CGCAUUAUAUAUAUAAUUGAUAUUUAGUACUUGUGCGCAUGUGGCCUGAAACAAUGUGGUUGAUAUAUUCUUAAAGCAUUGCACAUGGCCUAGACUGACUUUUUGUGCGUACUUGGUUGUUAGAACAGACGGCAUAUAAAUUGGUCUGCUUGGUCGCGUUGCACAUCCUCUUCCUUAUAUUUGUAAAGAAAACACUUCUAUUUUUUCACAUAUUUGUGCGCCUAAAAAUAACACGUUUAUCUUUGCGAAACCAUGUUAAAAUCAAUCACCAUAUUGCUACUGCUAUCACUGUGCAUGAUUAUUGUGCUAGCGGCGUCUGCGUCUGCGUUGGAUUCCAAUUUUGGGCCCGCGCCUGCUGCACCGCUACCGCCAUUGGCGCAAAACCGCGCCACCUGCUCCGAAGGUGACCGUCGUUGCAUCGGGCCAAGCAACCCGGGACUCUAUUACAGGUGCACCGGUGGCCAGUGGACAACGUAUAGCUGCGGCAGUGGCUCUACAUGCCACAAUCCGACCGGGAAAUGCAGUUCAGCAAAGCCACCGCCUCCUCCUCCUCCUCCCCCGCCGCCGCCUCCUCCUCCGCCAGCUUGCUUCGACGGGCAGCGGCGGUGUGUCGGCGGUAGCGGAUCGGCAAUGUACUACUUGUGCUCUGGCAACGAGUGGAGAUUGUACAGUUGUGGCAAUGGCUACCAGUGCUCAUCAACAACACCGCUCCAGGCCACGUGCACUCCGAUAGUACCCCAAUGCGUCAACGGCACGGAGCGCUGCGCGGGUCCUCAGAACCCAUCUGGCUACUUCACCUGCGUCAACGGCCACUGGCAGUCGCAGUCGUGCUCUGUCGGCGAUCGCUGCAUCAACAUUCCUGGCAACAGGGUCAACUGCCAGGUGCGUGGCGUCCUGCAGAUGAAUUUGGAAGCGGCGGCGGAAGCCUAAAUUUCAAGCACCAAGCUCUGAGUCCUACAGGUUUUGGAGCAGGCUGUUGCGGCUACAAAGAUCAAUUCUAGAGUUUCAAUUUUGAUCACCCUCACCCCGCUCAGCAGAAAGAUUUUUCCGCCCU